UUCUCGCCUCAGUUUGAUUUUCGCACACGACGCGAGCGAACGGAUGAAUUUGAUAGUUUAACGGACUCGCACGCUCCGAUGGGCAGGUCGCAUUUUUUCGAGAUGAUGACGCAGUGCGUCUUCCUCGCUGUCGUACUGCUGAGUUUGUCACACGUGCGGGCAGCUGACGACGAGAUGUCUUCCGCCUACGAAUCCGGCAAUAGCCCCCUCUCGAUAACCCCUCAAAACACUAUCGCUUGCGUCAUUCGUGCAACACUCUAUAAGACAUCUUCUUGGGAAAGGAGUAGCCAGGAUUUCGGCUUACCUCUGGAUAUUGAUUGCAGUGGAAACAGCACCCUGGAGGUCAAUUCAUUCGACUUGGGCGCCCAAAGAGUGGUGGGAAAGAGGCAUGUUCUCCUCGACGGCUCGCAAACACCUCCCUUGGGAAUCUCCAGCUAUGGUUUGGAGUACCUGGAUAAUUGUGUGAGCUUGGAAAGCCUGGAGAUCCAGCGAUUUGUGGGUGAUGCCACUCUGAAAUUAAGCUGUGGUGGAGCUUUACUCCCCAAUCUCACAGCAGUAUCCCUAAAGAACAAUGAACUGGGCAUUUUGAGUGGAGAUACCUUUCACGAGCUGCCUCAUCUGAAAUUACUCCAAAUGCAGCAGAACUCCUUGAGAUUCCUGGAAAAGCUUGAGGGCUGUGCUGAACUGGAGGAGCUUGCUAUCCAGGAUGAAGCAGAUUUAGUUCUCAAAGAUAAUGACAUCAUCAUGCAGCUGUCAGGGCUGAAAAAACUGCGUUUAAGGAAUUUAAAAAAGAUAGAGAAUGCCUUUUUAAGCGACUUGCCUGAGAAUUUAACAGAUCUGAUAAUUGAAGAUACAGCUAUACAGCCGGGAGAACUAUUUCUGACUAAAGGAAUUGCCAAACUGGUUAAUGUUACCCUCACUAACUGCCAGCUGAGAAGUUUCGCCUUGGAUCCUCCACGUAAUCUGGAUAUUGUUCAUUUAAACCUAAGUGACAAUGCCUUAGUGUCUUUUAAUAUAAGUUUUCAAGAUGGACCAAGUACCCUUGAGACCUUGGAUCUGAGCAGAAAUAAAUUGCAGCACUUGAACUUCACGUGGUUUUAUAGAACCACUAGUCUUCGCAUUCUUUACUUGCAGGAGAAUAACUUCCACACAUUCUCCCUCUUCCAAUUGGGCAUGCUUUCCCCAGGAACAAUUCAACGCAUUGAUUUGAGAUCCAACGAACUGAUGAGCCUAAGGGAGAUAGAAAAGGCCAAUUAUCCUUACUGGAACCCACAACUACGCCUUUUGAUCGAUGAUAAUCCGUGGAGCUGCCAGUGGCUUUCGGAUUUCUCGCACACGCAACCGCAGUUAUUUCGACUUUUUGAGUACUCUAAAUAUAUAUCCCAUAUCAAUGUUAAUGGCUUGAGUUGUAAACCCCAAGAACCGCCAACGGAGGAACCUCCCAAAGCGAGGAGAAUUAUGCAUGUGAGGAUCAAUGGAUCUGACUCUUCGAUUCCCGUGCCACAUCACACCGGAAAUGUCUCCAGUUUCGAAGUCCUUUAUGGAAAUCCCGUGCAGCUUCAUCGAAGUCAGCGAUCCUUGGCGUUGAUAAUCGUGUUUAUGCUGCCUCUGGGGAUCGCAUUUCUCUUCCUGCUGCUAUAUCUAUAUCUCCAUUGCGAAAGACUCUUCCAUUUGUCCUACUACGUCUCAGGAUUGCCCUGUUUUGGAGGCGAAAAAUCAUCCAGUGGUCCUAGAUUUGUGGAUCAUGUUGAUAUAGUACGCUAUCCCAUUGCGAAUGGUGGUGGUUCCCCAGUGGAUUUGGAAACGGAACUGCCGGAUGGUUAUGAGACUCCAGUGAGUGGUGGUGCCUCGAUUUGCAACUGCGCGGGUCACAGGGAAUCCACCUGCUCGAGGACCCAUCACGUCACCUACGAAUCCCUGCCAGCCGAGCUGCCAUAUCAACUUUACGCUGAGAUCAAGGAGCAGGCGGAUGAGAAUGGGGAUAAGGAUGUUAUGUUGGCAGCCACUCCAAGCUCCACGGCUCCUAUCUACGAUCACCUGUCCUUUGUGGAGGAGAUGCCCAAACUGGAUGAACUGAGGGAUAUAUCUUAGGUGUUCAGUCAAACUGUCCUUAUAACCGAAAGUAUAUUUUAUAAAAUAUUUAAUGCUUUAUCAAUGUCUAUAUAAACUGCAUCGCAUUGUGUUAAUACCUUUUUAUACCCUUGCAGAGGGUGUUUAUAAUUUUGGUCAAAAGUGUGCAACGCAGUGAAGGAGACAUC